AUGUCAAAUGAACCACUUGAUAGCGAAAAUACGCGUUCCUUUAAUGAGAUAAACAUUAAAAUAGAACAAGAAUUACAUUCAGAAAUAAUAAUCAAAGAAGAAAAAUUAGAUGAACAUCCACAAAUCCAAGAUGAAAAUUGUUCAUUUUCAUGUGAUGUUUGUGAUAAAAAAUUUCGUUAUAGUGCCAAAUUAUUUGUUCAUAAACGAAGUCAUCACGGAGAAAAACCUUUUGCCUAUAAUGUUUGCAAGAAAGCAUUUACUGAAUCAAGAGGCUUGUCACAGCAUAAACGAAUUCACUCGGAUGAGAAACCUUCAAUUAAUGAGGUAUUCAUUAAAUUAGAACCUGAAUUACAUUCAGAAAUAAUAAUCAAAGAAGAAACAUUAAGUGAACAUAAAUUUUCAUGUGAUUUUUGUGACAAAACAUUUACUCAACACGGUAGUUUAAUCGACCACAAACGUGUUCAUACGGGUGAGAAACCAUUCUCUUGUGAUUUUUGUGAUGAAUCGUUUACCCAAAAAUACCAAUUAGUCGUUCAUAAACGAACUCAUUCCGGAGAAAAACCGUAUUCAUGUGAUAUUUGUGAUAAAAUAUUUAGUUCGAAAAGUAAUUUAAAUGAACAUGUUCGAAUUCAUACCGGUGAAAAACGUUUUUCAUGUGACAUUUGUGAUAAAAAAUUUACCCAACGCCGCAGUUUACUCGACCACAAACGUAUUCAUACGGGUGAGAAACCAUUCUCUUGUGAUUUUUGUGAUAAAUCAUUCACCAAAAAAUUUCACUUAAUCGUUCAUAAACGUACUCAUUCAGGUGAAAGACCUUAUUCAUGUGAUCUUUGUGAUAAAACGUUUAGUUCGAAAAGUAAUUUAAACGAACACAGUCGAAUUCAUACCGGAGAGAAACGUUAUUUUUGUGAUAUUUGUGAUAAAACAUUUAAUGUGAAAUCUCAUUUAAUUGAACAUCAACGAAUUCAUUCAGGCGAAAAACCUUUUUCGUGUGAUGUUUGUGACAAAAAAUUUACGACGAAAAGUAAUUUAAUGCAACAUAAACUAACUCAUGACGUAGAUAAUGUAAUACCGUGUGAUAUUUGUGAGAAAACAUUUACAACGAGACGGUAUUUAAUUCGUCAUCAGCGAAUUCAUUCAGGAGUCUAA